ACCACCGAAUACGUUGCUUACCGACGCUUGCAGACGUAUGUAUGGUGUGUACCGCAUGUACCGGACGGUCAAGCGGUCAAGUAUGGCUUGCCUCCAAGGCGUGCGGACGCUGCCUUCGCUUUUGAGUAACAUUGCAAAGGCAGGCAUUAGCCACACCUUUACAUCGGCGACGAAAGGGGCCGUCGGCAGCCUGCAGUUUCUCCGAUCGUUCGUAACAGUGCGUCCUGCUCGCAGUCUGGGCACCCACUUCUCGACAUCGCUGCAGCCACAAAGCGUGAAACCACUGAUAGUUUCACGUGGCUUUAUUCUACCAAGGACAUUACAGCUUCUGCAACCGGGAGCAGCUGUACAAGCAGCUGUUCAGCAGACUCGCAACGUCACCAAGUUCAAUUACAGAAAUGGCCAACGGAGAACAAGCAAGGCAGUGAUCAAGAGGUUCAUGCGCCUGAACUGUGGCCUGUGGAUACGACCACGAUCUGGCAGAGCCAAGAGGCUGUGGAAGAAGCCUGACCACAUUUUACAAGGCUUGCGUACACACGUCAUCUGUAACAGGACUCAGUCUAAGAUGCUGGACAAAAUGGUUGGUGACUAUUGGAAAAGGCCAAAGUACUAUGUUGACGAUCCGUAUGAGCCAUACCACGUACGGAACAAUUUCUUGAAUGUGAAGAAAACUUGGUGGUAAAAGGUCGUGGAAUUGUCACGCAUCGUCUUUCGUACGUAGGGUGUUGCACAACAAAUAGUCACGAAUAAAGUGUGCAUAUAAAAGCCAGCUUUUAUUUCA